AUGUCGAAAAGUGAUAUCUACAGCGCUGCAAUGGUCAUUGUGGUCCUUGAUAAUCGAAGACCUCCUACCAGAAACGAGAAAACAAACGAGGAGUUGCUGACUAUAAAAGAUGAAAAAUUAAAUACACUAGUCAACAAGUGUCUCCAACAAAAUCCAAAUGAUCGACCGAGUGUCCAAGAGUGCAUUGGUUUACUCGAGGAGCUUUUGAAGAAAUUUGAAAAAAAUGAAUCCUUUGAACGUCUACCGAAACGACAACUGGAAAGUCAGCCCACUGUCAAUGAUUUUCGUGAUAAAUUGGAUGCCUCAAAAGUCACCAUUGAUCGACUUCUUGAAAACUUCUUUGAUCGACUUCUUGAAAACAAACUUCAGCUAUCCAAUAGCAAUCUUGUCAGAGAAAACACUCUGCCAAAUCGAUUCAACAAACAACAACAAAGGGAUCACACUUCUCGGGAGCAAAUAAGCUUGCUGCUUGAGAGUUUACUUCUUUUCUCCAUGUGUGCCGAUAUUAAAAUUUGGCCUUUAUUCAUUGAGAUUGCAAAUCGUUGUUUGAGAAAAUUGGCUUACUUAAUCAAGAUUUUCACACGACCAUUCUAUUUGAAAGUUUUUAUGAACACGACAACUCUCGAAGAAUGGUAUUACCUUAAAGAGAUUCCAAUAAAAGGUCACAAACACCAAUGGAAACAGCACAUCUUUCUGAAGAAAGACACUUUACAGGGAAAGCUUUUGGUCGGCGCUUUGGUGGAUGAGGAAAGCCAGCUGACCGUCUUUGAUCCGAGAACCGAGAUCGAGCAGCACAAAAUGCAGUUCCUAGCUUUUGAGGUGAUUACACCCGAAUGGGUUCUUGAGCGAAUCAAAAGCUUACACUUUAAACGAGAUGCUAUUAUUCAUAUGAUGGUCCAAACAGCGCAAAGCACUCCUGUAUUCAGCGACGAAAAAUUGAGAGCUCAUCUAACGACGGGUUUCGAGGAAGAAUUUACGGAUAUUUAUCAAACCAACGACCGCAAGGAGUCAAUAUUAGCAAUGCGCGUGCGUUUUUUGACGAUCCCACGAAGUGUACUGUUAACCUAUUAUGGAUGGUCGUUAAAGGAGCUGCCGGUUUACCAGAAGUUUUACCAUAGAAUUGGUCUAUUGAACGUGAUGAACAAAAAAUCGCUGCAACCUUUGUAUCGUACGUUGAGUCUGGAAGAUUUUGAAAAAGAUAUUGAGACAAAAUUUAGCAGCACGCAUCUCGACUUUUAUGUUUGGAAUCGUGGAAAUGAGCCGAAAGUUUUCCUCUUGGAGCCCCCACGGUGUAUAAACGGAUUCAAGAAAACCGUGAAGGGUUUUACGAAAAAAUACAACUUUACCGAGGUUAAUCUAGAGAAAAACUCCCAAAAGCAGUUUACCCAAGAAACUGUUGAUUUGACAGUUUUCGAAAAGACUUUCACAGCGAGACUAAGCGCCAUCAAAGGCAACAUCAAAAAGAGUAUAACGCAUGUUAAA